AUGCCGAAUCCUUUCCUUGAGAAACUCUUCUCCCUCGAUGGCCGCCUUGCCGUUGUGACGGGCGGGACAAGGGGCAUUGGGCAGGCCAUGGUCAUUGCACUAGCAGAGGCAGGGGCUGACAUCAUUCUAAUCCAGCGCGACGAAAGCAACCUCGAAACAAAAUCUCAAAUCGAAGCCAUUGGCCGCAAAGCAACCGUCUACACCUGCGACCUAUCAUGCCAAGAAUCAGUCGAGCAGCUGGCGCCAAAGAUCCUAGCCGACGGGCACGACGUCUCCAUCCUCGUGACCUGCGCCGGCAUCCAAAGGCGACACCCGGCGCACGUCUUCCCCAUGUCCGACUGGGACGAGGUCCUACAGGUGAACCUCAAGACCGUGUGGACGCUGGACCGGGAUUUUGGCGCCUACAUGCUCACGCGGACCGCCGACCCGACGACCGGCCAGCGCGGGAGCGUCAUCAACGUGGCGUCGCUCGUCUCCUUCCAGGGCGGAAUCACGGUGCCGGCGUACGCGGCGGCGAAAGGCGGCAUUGCGCAGCUGACCAAGGCGUUGAGUAACGAGUGGGCUGGCAAAGGCGUCAAUGUCAAUGCGAUCGCGCCGGGCUACGUCGCUACGGAUAUGAACGAGGCUUUGCUCAAGGAUGAGGCGAGGGCUGCGAGCAUUCUGACUAGGAUCCCGGCUGGACGGUGGGGGAAUUCGGAUGACUUCAAGGGCGCGACGGUGUUUUUGGCGGGGAGGGGCAGCUUGUAUGUGUCAGGGGAGCUUUUGACUGUCGAUGGGGGAUGGAUGGGGAGGUAG